AGAUGUCGGCGACAUCGCCAACACCGGCAUCUCAAGAGUGUGUCCGAGUCUCUCCGUAUCCGGAGCGCCGAUAAUAAAAGCAACGGUAGGCGAGCGCGACACUCCGGCAACGCGCUGGAUCCCUUCGUUGCUGGUGGAACGUCGUUCCAGGAGAUAUUGCAAAAGCUCUGGGAUCAGUUCAGCCCCCACGUGAAAAGAAGAGCAGUGAAAACCGACGGAGCUUGGAGUAUUGAGCCUGCUACUACUGAAUGUUGGACAAAGUUCAUGCUCGUCAAAGUGAAAAAAAAAAACAUUGUUGACUGCUCGAAAUCGGAAGCAGACUGGAACAUCUGGCUUCAAUCCAUGCACGACAAAACCGUCACUCUUCUCAUUUACGACUAUGAAGUUGGGAUUGGCAGGAAGCAAGAUCAUCAAGUUUUCAUCAAAGACUGCAUCCGGCCGGCAGAAACAGAUCGGGCAGGAGCAGUUGCUGAAGUCUCUCUUCGUGAGAUUGUUGGUCGUCUACAGGACGUUUGGGGUGCUACUUACGAUGGUGAAGCCGUCGUUUGGCGCAUGUGGCCCAAUGAGGCGACUCGGAAUCUUGAUCGCUCCACAUGGGAUGAUGCUGUUCUAGCGCAACCACCUCCACGCAUUUUACGUCUCUUGAGAGCAAGUAAUUCCCGCCUGCAGAAACAUCUGAACCACCUCAAUCAUUCGACUAGCAUAGCUCUCGACUGCGUGAAUGCGUCCAUUGCUGAGAUUGAAAGACUUCGCCAAGACUGGGAGGCACAAGGUCGUCGAUUGGAGGGGCGAAAGCCUAACCUAUUCUCACCUGACCUCUCCUGGAUCUUCGUAGAUGUCCGGAACAGAACGGGUUUCGGAUGACAAGCCAUCAACCAUCCAACCACAAUGCUCAAAUACUCGAGCCAUGUUAAACCGCUCAAACCGCUGGAAAGUCUCAACAAUGAAGGGCGGCAAGUCCUUUCCACUGGACUCCACGUAAAAACGUUGGAACGCUUUUUUCACAUAGCCAAAAAGGAAUUCAAUAGGAUUGAAGAAUGGGCAAUACACAGGAAGGAAGAUCGGAGCAAUGCCAAUGCUUUUCAGGUAGUGCACAAUGUCAGGGUGUCGGUGGAUGGACGCCCCAUCAAGUAUU